ACAUCAGUUUUCUCCCAAGCCUCAGGAUUUCAUGGCUCAAGUCAUAGCCAGAUUGCCUCUAAACUACCGGAGUUUUGAAGAGAAUGUUGGGUUUUCCGACGAUCCGGCGUAUUUUACCGACAUUGUUUUCGGUUUUUUGGAAGAGCAAGAAGUGUCUCCUGAUAGCUCAUGUGCUUCAGGUUGUGAAUAUAACGAGGAGGAUGAAGAUGAGAUUAGUCCUUGUAACGUUGAAGAGAACAAGAAAUUUUGGGAAGAACAAAACCAACUUCUUCAGGCAACAUUGUAUAGGACAAGUUCUCUUGAGGCCAAUAUUCGUCAAGCUACAAAAGAUACUCUGAAGGAAAUUAAUGGGGUUGGCAUGCAUUGUUUGUGUGGGAAACUGGUGGCCGGAGAUUGCCGGGAUUGCUUGCAAAGAGAAAUCUCAAUCCGGCUUCAAAAUGAAGGUUAUAAUUGUGCCAUCUGCAAGUCUAAGUGGAAGAGAUCUGAAGAAAUCCCUUCAGGGGAACACACUUUUUUGGAAGUGGUGGGCAAAUUAAGUUCAAAGAAAGGAGAGGUGAGAGUGGUAAUCGAGUUGAAUUUUCGAGCCGAAUUCGAGAUGGCGAAAGCAAAUCAAGAAUACAAUCAACUAAUUAGCCGGCUACCAGAAGUAUUUGUAGGCAAAGCAGAAAGGCUAAAGGCCUUGAUCAAAAUACUAUGUUCUGCGGCUAAAAAGUGCAUGAAGGAGAAGAAGAUGCACUUGGGUCCGUGGAGGAAGCAUAAAUAUAUGCAAUCCAAGUGGAUAGCCACAUGUGAGAGAACAACACCGGCACCGUUGCCCGGGGGGUUUUCGGACCGGCCGGCAAAGCCUAGAGCAUCCAUGUUAACUUAUGAUCUAUUGGAGACUUUGCCUGUCUUGCAUUGUACAGCAGUUAAAGUCUUGUGAUUCAAAUUUUGAAGAUUAUGCCAAAGGGAAGCCUGUAAUCAAAACCCCUGAGUUUCUGCCCAUGUAGAAGAAGUUAGGUCAAAUUAUCCACGGCGUAGAUAUCUCUGUUCGGUCGCAAGUACUGCUAGCAUUAGGGUUUGGUCUGAGAUUUAGGUUCUUCUGCGGGGUUGGUCAUGAGUGGUCAUAUAUGGAUAUGUCACAUAAUUAUUUAAGUUAUGUCUUGCCUUCCUAUAAUUAUAUGUCUUGUUGCUAAUGUUUUAGACAGGCCAAUUCACAAUGG